GUCAUGGCCGAGUGUGAACAGUGUGAUCUAAACACCAUGAAGGAGCGCUGACUCCUCUGCUGGAUUAUUGUCUCCAGGACCUCCACCCGGAGGAGCAGGAGGAGCAGGAGGAGCAGGAGGGGGGUCCGCCAUGGCCGAGCCCCUGCUGAAGAGAACCUUCUCCAGGCUGAGAGGCAAAGACAGAUCCAGGAGGAAGACAGACCCCAAAGAGAGCGAUGUUGCAGUAAAGACUGACACUGUCCUCCAGAUGUCUCCAUCACCUUCAUCACCUUCAUCACCUUCAUCACCGUCAUCACCGUCAUCGAUGAGGAGGACUAGAUCUCCACUAGACCCUGAUCCUCCAUCUCCUCCACAGAACCACAUCACAGUUGCUAAGAAACAGCUGUGGUCACGGCAGGGCUCUGCAGCUCCGCCCACUUCCCUGCAAUCUAGCUCCGCCCCCAGACACUCUGACUGUAUAUCCCAGGAUGCCUCUGGGCAGGCCUGGAGUCAGAGGCUAGCACAGGAUAAGACAGAUCAGUAUGGCGACAGGAAGUGCGUCAGUCUGGUCUCGGAUUUGACCAGCCCCCCCUGUGUUCCUGUCAGGUCUACCACAGUCCUCCAAGAAGCCCCCCAGCCGCCAGAAUCCCCUGAUGUACCAGCCACCUCCAUCAGCACCAUGUUCUCUGGCCAGCGAGCCUAUCUGCAAAGCCUGGAUCGCAGCAGCCGAGCCUGGGUGCUGUCUUCUGGAAAGACCUCGGCUCCGGAUGAGGCCUGUGGGGCGAAGCGGGAGAGCGACAGCAACAUCUGGUACAACCCGAUUCCUGAAGAGGAGGAAGCAGGAGGUCCACGCAGGGAGAUGGAGAUAUGGAAGAGGAGGGACGAGAGGACGGGGCCAUCAGAUACCAGAGCACAGCUAGGAGGAGUGCUGGUGGGGUCAGCCGAGAGUCGUAGCGGUGAAUGUCCACUGGAGGGCACCAGCCCCAGUGUUAGCCAUCAUGCUGAUGACAUCACCACAGAAAACACAGAUCCCGCCUCCUUAGACGUCAGCCCCGCCCCCUCAAAGAAAGGGGGCGUGUCAGGAAGUGUGAUUGACAGGCUGAGGUCUCCAGGUACUGUGAGGAAGCUCUCCCUAAAGAUGAAGAAACUCCCCGAGCUGCGCCGCAAACUCAGCCUUCGCUCCUCCUCUCGUGCCCAUCGCCAGGGAAACGAAGGCAAAGGGGGCGGCGACGAGUUGACCAGUAAGACUUCAUCAUCGUCUGCAGCCAACCAGAAUGUGAUCAGCAGAUAUCACCUGGAUAGCUCCGCCCCUCCAGCCAGACCACUGCGGCGAUCCUCGAGAGGACGCUCAGCCAAAGGAGGUUAUCUUAGUGAUGGGGACUCCCCCGAGCUGCUGCCACGGCAACAGGCUCCUCCUGUAACUUCCCAAGAAACGGCGUGCGACAUGAGUUCGUUCCGACUCUACGUGGGCUCCGAUCCACCGAGAUGCAGCCAGCGGGUGACAGGUUUACUCACCGUCCAUCUGCUGGGCCUGGAGGAGAUGAAGACCAGCAGGUCAGAGGUCAGUAAGGAGGUCUUCCUGGUCAUCCAGAUCGACGGGGUGACGAGAGCAAGGACCGCCCCUCUGACCCUGAGAGGCUCCUCCCUCCCGUUAAACCACGCCUUCCACCUGCAGCUGGAACGAGCUCGGCAGCUCCGCAUUGUGGUGUUAACUCCAGUUGGUCCAGCAGCAGCCGGAUCAGGAUCAGGAUCAGGAUCAGGAUCUGGAUCUGGAUCUGGAUCAGGGUCUAAAUCAGGACCAGAUCAGACUUCAGCUGGUCCAACCAGGAACCUGGUCUGUGGUCUGGGUGGAGUCUACAUCCCCCCACUCUUUAAAGGGAGUCGCAGUCAGCAGCUCUGUGUGAAGUUAGAACCCAGAGGACUUCUUUAUGUCAAACUGUCUCUGCAGGAGAACUGGGACAAACAGCCCAGCAGUGAGUCGUCGGUUCCUGCCAACGUGUUCGGGGUGGAGCUGCACCACCUGGUGGAGAAAGAACGAUCCUCAUCCCUGAUCCCUCUGCUCAUCCAGAAGUCUGUGGGAGAGAUCGAGCGCAGAGGCCUGAAGGUGGUGGGUCUGUACAGACUGUGUGGUUCUGCUGCGGUGAAGAAGGAGCUCAGAGAUUGGUUUGAGAGGAACAGUUCAGCGGUCUGUCUCAGCGAGGACCUUUACCCCGACAUCAACGUCAUCACAGGUAUACUGAAGGACUACCUGCGGGAGCUUCCGUCUCCGCUCAUCACCAGGACUCUGUACCAGGUUGUCAGGGAGGCCAUGACCCUCCGACCCCCACAUGCCCCACCUGGGACCCCGGAUCCCCAGCUGGCCCAGAGCACUGUGGAGCUGCUGUCCUGUCUGCCACCUCCAGAGAGGGCCACGCUGUCUCUCCUGCUGGACCACCUCAGCCUGGUGGCGUCCCUCAGCUCCUCCAACAGGAUGACACACCAGAACCUCGCUGUCUGCUUCGGCCCGGUGCUCCUCACCCCAACCCAGGAGGCCUGGAGGGGGGGAAGAGGAGGAAGAGGAGGAGGGAAGGGAUUCAGUCAUGGUGAAGAGAUGGCGAGCGCGGUGGACUUCAAACGACACAUAGAGGCGUUGCACUACCUGUUGCAGCUGUGGCCAGUGCCGACCCAUCGAUUCCCAGCAGAUGACCACAUCGAUGUCUCCCCGCCUCCCUCCCCGCCCACUAAUAACCCCCUUGGGCAGCAGCAGUGGCAUCCUGCACUCCAAUUGGCUCUGCCCCAGAACCCGGAGGAGGAGGUUGUGGUGUCACGACGGGGUCGUGGUGGCCUGGCCCGGCUGGAGAGUCCGCCACCGAUCAACCGAUACGCCGGAGACUGGAGCAUCUGUGGACGAGAUCUUCUGUCCAGACAGGAGGCUGAUUAUGACGAGGUGGCAGGAAGUGAAAGUGACGGAGGCAGCGGGGAUGAAGAGGAAGAGAAGAAGAAGGAGGCGUGGUCCUUAGAAGGAGGAGGAGGAGGUCUGUACGUGGACGAGUUCUUGGAUUUUGAUGCUCCAUUUAACUGCCGACUCAGUCUGAAAGACUUCGACGCUCUGAUCCACGACUUAGACCGCGAGCUGGCCAAACAGAUCAACAUCUGUCUGUAGAACCAGUUAAUUUAUUUCUCUGAUCCAAAGGUAAACAGAGGUUUUCGUAGGUGUUGACCCUCAAAAGAUGUGAACUGAACUGUGUUCUUGUUGUUCUGGGUAUCAGGGUAGCAUCCUGUUGGAUCCUGUUGGAUCCUGUUGGAUCAUUUUGGAUCCUUUUGGAUCCUUUUGGAACAUAUUGGAACAUGUUAGAAUCUUUUAGAACCUGUUGGAACAUGUUCAGCUGUUUGCACUGUUAAAGCCAUAAUUUCACAUGUUGAGACUUUUAGUUGAAGUGAACAAACUGCAGAACUCAUCGCUCUGCUGCUUCUGUCACCCCAACCGCCAUAAUGCCGAACUUGAGGCUUAUUAACGUCAGUCCAUAAACCAAAGGGUGACGUCACAGUGACUACGUCCACUUCUAUACAGUCUAUGUUGUUAGUCCUGCAGGUUUCUGUACCCUCCUGCAGGUUUCUGUACCCUCUGCUGGUUUCUGUACCCCCUGCUGGUUUCUGUACCCCCUGCAGGUUUCUGUACCCCCUGCUGGUUUCUGUACCCCCUGCAGGUUUCUGUACCCCCUGCUGGUUUCUGUACCCCCUGCUGGUUUCUGUACCCCUGCAGGUUUCUGUACCCCCUGCUGGUUUCUGUACCCCCUGCAGGUUUCUGUACCCCCUGCUGGUUUCUGUACCCCCU